UAUCCCAUUCUGACUUCACGAGUUCUCGCGUACACCUUUGCUUGGCACGCAUCUAGCUACCGCGCGACGAUAAACCGCGUAUAAUACAAUCUCGAGACUAUCCGGCGCGUCUAUAUACAAGAAGAGAGAUAGGGUAUAUUUGCCGGCGACUCGUUCAUACCUCACGAGUCAGGUAUUAUACAUCAAAAAGUUAACAGCGUGCGCGCUUUUUUUUUUUUUUUUUAAAUAUAAUGUUUAAGUUUCAUUACAAGUGUCGUGCUUCGUAAUUGCAAUUUUUUUCGGAUCUUAUACGUUAAUAUGACAAUAAUUUUAUCAUUGUAUAUUUCGUGAUUACUGUGUGGUAUAGUUAUUUUUAAUUUAUUUUUUUUUGGGGUGCCAUUUGGACAACUUCGCACGUGUCAUUUUUAUGCAACAGGUAAUUUUAGUUAAUAAAUGUGACAUCUAAAUAUUGGGUUCAUCAAAAUUUUUGUCAAUUUGGCGCUAUUACCAGGAUAUUAAAAAAAUAUAGUGCGCAUAUUGGGUCACCGUGGACGUCAACGCGGCAUGCGGUUACAUAUUCUCGUUUUAGCCUGUCUCCUUUUUAAGGGGCUGGCUACCGGUGAAGAAGUCGAAGUUGUAGAGGCGAUACCUGGUGAGGAGAAUCGAAACGAAAAUUCCGCUCUAAAUCGUCAGGAUACGGAGAUAAGUGAUUCGGAUCAAUUGGCAUUGGAAUCAUUGAAUGAAAAAGAUGGUGGUUCGGCGGUACACUAUAAAUCAGGAGGUCAUCGAGGUCAUCCAUUGCCACCGGCAAGAGGUGGAGGUGGUAAUGGAGGAGGAGUAGGAGGAAUGUCACAUCUUGGAAGACCACAUCACAAUGUUGCCUAUCAUGGACCACCGCCUCCAUUGCCAUCAAAAGGACAACAACAACAACAACAACCGGAAGCAAUGGAUAAGGUCUAUAAUGUUGGACCACCUGCGGGCGGUGGUGGUGGUGGUGAAAAUUGGCCGGCUUUGACGCCCGAUAUGCCUAAGAUCAUGUCAUUAGAUGUGAAAUGUGAGAAGAAUCUUAUGAAGGUUUAUCUUAGUUUUGAUAAACCAUUUUAUGGUAUAGUGUUCAGUAAAGGGCACUACAGUAAUGUAAAUUGUGUUCAUUUACCUGCUGGACUUGGGAGAUCGUCAGUUAACUUUGAGAUCAGUAUUCAUGCCUGCGGCACUGCUGGUAACACGGAGAAUGGACUCUAUGGAUACGGAGCGGAAUCCGGAUCUGGGACUUAUUUCGAAAAUAUUAUAGUCAUACAGUAUGAUCCUCAGGUGCAAGAAGUAUGGGAUCAGGCACGAAAAUUACGUUGCACUUGGCAUGAUCUUUAUGAAAAAUCCGUUACCUUCAGACCAUUCCCAGUUGAUAUGUUAGACGUUGUACGCGCUGAUUUUGCCGGCGACAAUGUUGGAUGCUGGAUGCAGAUACAAGUUGGCAAAGGUCCAUGGGCAUCGGAAGUCUCGGGUCUUGUGAAAAUUGGCCAAACAAUGACAAUGGUAUUGGCAAUAAAGGAUGAUGAUUCUAAAUUUGAUAUGCUCGUACGCAAUUGUAUGGCACACGAUGGUAAACGUGCGCCAAUACAACUUGUUGAUCAAAGAGGUUGCAUUACAAGACCAAAAUUAAUGUCACGUUUUACAAAAAUUAAAAAUUUCGGCGCCAGUGCAUCAGUAUUGUCUUAUGCACAUUUUCAAGCAUUCAAAUUUCCCGAUUCAAUGGAAGUACAUUUUCAAUGUACAAUUCAAAUUUGCCGCUAUCAUUGUCCUGAUCAGUGUGCUGAUUCCACUUCAUUGCUUGAUUCACAAGCUGGAUUGCUUGAGAAUCAUCAAGUUGGACAUGGACGACCUGAUUCUGGUUAUGGACCACCAUUGCCACUCGAAGCUUAUCUUCAGGCUGCUGUAGAUCGACCUCGUGAUGAGAGAAGAAGAAAAUCUCGUGAGAUUGUUUUACAAUCGCCUGAGAAGACAGUGGGUGUUAAUCGAAUCAUAAGAGUUGUGUCGACGGGCGAUUUGACAUUUGCUAUUGAUGAUACGAAUAAUAGUGAACCAACAAGUGCAACAAUGGUGUUUCCAAUUAAGGAUCCAAUUCCGAGUUCAAGUAUGAUUUGUAUGACAACACCUGGAUUUGCAGUGACAUUGGUUGUACUUUUGGCUGUUUUAUUAACAUCAUGCAUUCUCUCGACCUAUCUUUGCAUUCGUCUUCGACCUUUAAGCAAAGAUAAGAAAAAUAUUCCAAUUUCCACAUUCAGCAAUCAAAAUUCAAAGAAACCAAUAAAGGCUGCGUGUUUUUAUUCUUAGACUCAAGUGACAUUGUUCGAUGGGAUUUAAAUGAAUCCGCAUGUGUUCAAUUAUGCCAGUGCCGGACAAAAUAAAAAUUGUCCUGGGAACAAAGUAUGUGAGGAAAAAUUCUUGAAUAAAAUCAAAAAAAAAAUUCAAGAGAUUUUCGACGAUUUAUAUACAAAAUAAAUAAAAUGAAGGUCGUGACAAUGGAACAGGGUAAUUUUUUUGCAAAAGCAAAAACCCAUAUUUACCAAUAGAUACUGAACUGCUGUUAUAUUGGUUAUUAACUAUUUCAAAUUGGUGAAAGCCAAUUUUACAAUGUAACAUAUAAAAAACCACGUUUUGUAUACUGGGAAAAUGUCUGAUUUAGUCUCUAGUUAUUUAAAUAUUAUACUUUUUUUAUUAAUUCGUCAUUAUUUUAAUAAAUUAUCCAAGUCUAAAGUAAAAGAGGAAGUAAUAAGCCAGAAAAUAAUUAUUUUAUAUAUUUCUUCAUUAUUUUCAAAUUUUGCAUUUUUUAGUAAAAAAAAUUUUUAAUACAAUCCUUAUACUUUGGAAUUUUUAAUUAAAACCAAUUUUGGUAUAGAAAAUAUUUUCAAAAUUUUCAUAUUUAUAAAAAAAAUUUUGUGCUUAAAUUAACAGCAAAAUAUUAAAAUUUAAUUUAAAGUCAAAUUUUUUUUUUCAUUUUUAAUAAAAUGGCAAUUUCCUCUUUCGUCAGGAAUAUUUUUCACUUUAUUGUUAAUUUAUUGAUUAAUUGUAAAAAAAAAACAUUACCUCCCGUCGAUUGUUAUUGGCAUUAAAACUUUUUUUUUUUAAGGGAACAAAAAAUGAGCUUUCAUAAAGACUUUUAAAUAGAAAUUUUGGUUAAUAUUUAAGAUCCGUCUGAGACGGUUAAUUAUAUAUACAAAAAUUAAAGUAAUUUAUUUGUAUAGGCAUUUAGUAUCACUAU